AUGCCACCAGCUCCUGAUAAUUAUUCAUCAAUUAAAGAACGGAUUGUUGAAGCGUGCGUUGAAUUUUUUGCGCUUGAUGGUAAACCAUUUGAUACAGUAACCGGUGAAGGUUUUAUUAACUUGGCAAAGCAGCUGAUGAAUGCUGGUGCUUCAAUUGGAACAGGAUUCUCGGUUAACGAUUUAUUACCACAUUCAACAACUGUUUCACGUAAUGUCGAUCGUGUUUAUGCCAGACUUAAAGACCAAUUAAUUCUGUUAUGUCAGAACGUGCAGCACUUUGCACUUACGUGCGAUUUUUGGACUGAACCAUAUACCGGCAUGUAUUCAUAUGUAUUAAAGAGUUCUAGUUUACAUUAUGGUGGAAUUAGUCUACAUUUUGUUAAUAGUGAUUUUUAUUUACGAAUAUUUAUAUUAGCCUGCAAGUUGUAUGAUCUUCCAAACCAAAAAGCAUAUAAUAUUCGUGAUUUUGUAAAUACAACAUUAGAAGAAUUUAGCCUUAAACUGAAUGAAGAAAUUUUCGUUGUAUCGGAUAACGAACCGAAAAUGGUUUGCGUAUUCAAAGAUGAUGCAACAAGAGUUGGAUGUAGCGCCCAUUACAUUAAUAAAGCUCUUGAACAUGCAUUUGAAUUAGAUGAAUCACUUUGUACCGGUGUUCAAAAAUUAUUUUUAAUUGUACGGGAUAUAAUUAGUUAUAUUCGUCAAAGUCAUAAACAAUCAUCAUUAUCUGUAUGUGUUCAAAAUUAUUGUAAAAUACGUUUUAGCACGGUUUAUAUAAUGUUAAACACGUUUCUUAUGAUUUAUAAUGAAUUAACAUCUGUUUUAAAUAACAAUCAACGACAAAAAUUUUUAAAAAUUAAUUAUAUUGAAUUAGAACAACCAACAAAAUAUUUAAAACAUUUUCAUGAUGUUUUAGAAAAACUAUGUUGUGAACAAACUCCAAUCUUACAUUUAGUGAUUCCAUAUAAACAGUUGUUAAUUAAUAGAUCGUCAGAAAAUGAUGAUGCUCAUCAAAAUUUAAUUCAAUUAAAACGUUAUUUAUCGGAACAUUUGAAAGAUUAUUGGAUAAUUCAAGAGAUACACUAUGUCGCAAUGCUAUUGCACCCGAAUUUGAAAAGCUUUUAUCUUAUACCAAAUGAAAUAUUUGAUGCAUCUAAUGAUGAAAAUUAUUUACAAACACAACCGAUGGAAAAAACAGAACUUGAUUUAUAUUUAGAAGAUGUAACAAGAAUUGAUAAUAAUACGAACGUUUUAUCUUAUUGGAAUUCAAACAAGUCGUUGUAUCCUAAUUUAGCUCAAAUAGCCAAACGUAUUUUAUCAAUUCCUGCAACGAACACCUCAGUAGAACGUUUGUUUUCUCACAGUGGCAAUACUGUUACUAAUCGACGAAGACGUUUAGAUGCUGAUAAAGUAAAUAAUUUAUUAUUUAUUAAACGAAAUCUUCGAGCAUUAAAAGAAAUUUAUCCUCUAGCAAUCGAACAAUCUACAAAAAGAAAAAGUAGUUUAAUUUCAACCGACUCAACAUCAUCAACAAUGCCAAAUAAAAAAAUCAAAUUAAUGACAGAAUAUCAGGAUGUCAAUGAAACAACAAGUGAUGAAGAAAAUGAUGAUGAACAAGCUUUAGACAAGUCUCUCAAUGCUUCUUAUUUUUUUCCUUUUUUUUGUUAUUUGGUUAAAAUAUUGACAUAUCUAUUAGAAAUAAAAACAUUCAAGUAUACGACACGUUUUCAUAUAUGA